AUAACUCCGCCCCAUUCAAUACGCGCACCCUCCACCCCUCCCUCUCCGGCCCCUUCCCCUCCGUCUCCAUCCAUCCUCCUCUUCCCCCCUUCCUCUCUUCCCCUUCCUCCCCGAUCCAUUCCAGCGCCGCCUCCCGGCCGCCAGAGCUUCGCCGGCCUGCUCGCUCGCUUGCUGUAGUGAAUCGAUCGACGAAACGCGUAGCUACCUGCUGCUUUGCUCCGUGGCGGCCGCAGAGGUAUUACAUAGAUCUGAGCUCGGGUAUCGCUCGACGGAUCGACGAAGUGCGUAGCUAGCUAGGUAGCUUCGAUCCACUAGCUGCUGCAUGCGAGUCGCAGGAGCCGUUGCAUGGUGCGGGUGGGUUCCUGCCUAGGGUUUCCGAAUCGCUGAAGGAGAUCAGAAGUAGCAUGCCCGGUGGGAUGAUGAUCCCAGGACGCAACAUGAUCGGCCGGAGUAACGGCGCCGGCGUCGCCUACGCCUCCUCCUCCUCCUCCGCGCUCUCCCUCGGCCAGAACUUGAUGGAUGGGAUGCACCACCACCAGCUCCCAGCAAUGCUGCAGCACCAGAUGGUUGAUCACCAUCUUCUUCUUCCCCAGCAUCAUCACCAUCCUCACCAGCAGGCAGCCACGAGCGACAGCGAUGCCCGGGGCCCCCACGGAGGGGGCAACAACAACAGUAGCAACAACAAUGAAGAGCUCGAGAUGAGCAAGUCGGGUACCGGCAGCGAUAACAACCUCGACGGCGAAGGCGGUGGGGGCGGCGGGGAGGACGACGAGCAAGAGGACCCGGCCGGGCAGCAUCCCAGGAAGAAGAAGCGUUACCACCGUCACACCCAGCACCAGAUCCAGGAGCUUGAGGCCUUCUUCAAGGAGUGCCCCCACCCCGACGACAAGCAGCGCAAGGAGCUUAGCCGCCAGCUCUCCCUCGAGCCCCUCCAGGUCAAGUUCUGGUUCCAGAACAAGCGCACCCAGAUCAAGACGCAGCACGAGAGGCAGGAGAACACGGCACUCAGGACGGAGAACGACAAGCUGAGGGCAGAGAACAUGAGGUACAAGGAAGCGCUGGCCAACGCGUCGUGCCCAAACUGCGGCGGGCCCGCGGCCAUCGGGGAGAUGUCCUUCGAUGAGCACCAUCUGCGCAUAGAGAACGCGCGCCUCCGCGACGAGAUUGACAGGAUCUCCGCCAUCGCCGCCAAGUACGUAGGUGGCAAGCCUGGCUCCGGGGUGGCUGUGGCCUCCGCCGCCUACCCGCCACUGCCACCGCAGUCUUCCGGCCGCUCUGCGCUCGACCACCUAGGCAUGCCCGGCAUGUUUGGCGGUGCUGAGUUCGAUAAGCCGAUGGUGAUCGAGCUGGCCGUGGCGGCCAUGGAGGAGCUGGUCCGAAUGGCGCAGCUCGGGGAGCCUCUCUGGGUGCCAUCCCUCGACAGUGAGGCGCUCAGCGAGGAGGAGUAUGCUCGCGCCUUCCCACGGGGUGCACUCGGCCCCAAGUCGCCGGAGCUCCGGUCCGAGGCGUCGAGGGAGACAGACGUUGUCAUCAUGAACCACGUCAGCCUCGUUGAGAUGCUCAUGGACGUGCGUCAGUGGUCGGCGCUCUUCUCGAGCAUCGUGUCCCGGGCGGCCACGCUUGACGUUCUGUCCACCGGCGUCGCCGGCAAUCACGACGGCGCCCUGCAGCUCAUGUCGGCUGAAUUUCAGAUGCCGUCGCCCCUGGUGCCAACGCGAGACACCCAGUUCCUGCGCUACUGCAAGCAGCAUCCUGGCGGUGCAUGGGCCGUCGUCGAUGUCUCCCUCGACGGUCUCCGUUCCGCUGCACGGGUGGGCGGGCACUUUCGCCGCCGCGCCUCCGGCUGCCUCAUCCAGGAGAUGCCGAACGGCUACUCUAAGGUGACGUGGGUGGAGCACGUCGAGGCAGGUGACGAUGCAAUGAUGCACGAUCUGUACAGACCCCUGGUGAACUCUGGGCUGGCAUUCGGCGCGCGGCGGUGGACGUCGACAUUGAAGCGUCAGUGCGAGCGUCUGGCGAGCGCCAUGGCAACUGUGCCCUCCUCAGGCGGUGACGUGAUUACGACGGCGGAGGGACGAAGGAGCAUGCUGAAGCUGGCGGAGAGGAUGACGGCGAGCUUCUGUGGCGGGGUGACUGCGUCGACGACACACCAGUGGACGACGCUCUCUGGUAGCGGGGCGGAGGACGUGCGUGUGAUGACCCGCAAGAGCGUCGACGACCCCGGCCGCCCACCGGGUAUCAUCCUCAACGCUGCCACCUCCUUCUGGCUCCCCGUCCCUCCCUCCCGCGUCUUCGGCUUCCUGCGCGACGAUUCCACCCGCAGCGAAUGGGACAUCCUCUCCAACGGCGGCGUCGUCCAGGAGAUGGCCCACAUCGCCAACGGCAGCCACCACGGCAACGCUGUCUCCCUCCUCCGCGUCAACAACGCGAACUCGAACCAGAGCAACAUGCUGAUCCUGCAGGAAUGCUGCACGGACGCGACGGGGUCGUAUGUGGUGUACGCGCCGGUGGACGUGGUGGCCAUGAACGUGGUGCUCAACGGCGGGGACCCGGACUACGUGGCGCUGCUGCCGUCCGGGUUCGCCAUCCUUCCUGACGGGCCGGCCGGGUCCCCGGAUGCUGGCGGGUCGCUCCUCACCGUCGCCUUCCAGAUCCUCGUCGACUCCGUGCCUACAGCCAAGCUCUCGCUGGGAUCCGUCGCCACCGUCAACAGUCUCAUCGCAUGCACCGUCGACCGCAUCAAGGCUGCAGUUGUCGUCAGCGCCGGUGACAACGCUGGCGUCGCCGCCCGGUGACCGCCAUCCAUCAUCGUGGGCAAUGGAGAUCAAGAGGGACCAAGAGCGGGUCCGGAGGUUUAGCAAUGUGGGAAGUCAAGAACGCACCGCAGACUCUCCUUGCCAAGUGUUGUUUGCAUUGCAUGCAUAAUCCCCUUUCUCUCUUCUUCCCAUGCAUAAUCCCCUCUCUUCUUCCCAUUCAUAAUCCAUUCACCACCAGCACCACCACCACCACAACACCAUCACAGCAAGAUGAAGGGACCAACCAUGGAGGAACACAACCUAGGUCCUAUGAUCAUGGCUGCAGAUAAAUGCACGCAUUGACAUGUCAUAGGCUCUGAGUUGUGUUUCUUAGUUAACUAAUCCCAGCUCAUCUACAUAUUUACAUGUUUGUGUUUGCUUCAUAGUAGAAGACAAGCACAAACCCUUUCUUCUUAAUUAAAUGAUCAUUUGCAUGCCAUGACACAAAUUCAGAAGCAAGCAAGCAGGCAACACUUUGCAAGGGCGGUUGGUUCGGGUAUUGACUUCUCUUUUAGUUUUCUGUCUCUGGGUUGCCAGUCCCUCUCCAGAAUGAUCAUCCAGGAUUAAUGUGCCAUCAGCUAGACUUUUUAGUUUGGUUAAUUACAUUGCCAUGUGUUUUGUUGUGUAGUGCUCCGUCCAUUUCUGCAUGGAGGAGUCGUCCCUUUAAACUAGACUUUCGUAAGUUUGUGUAUUAUGUUUGGAACAGUUUAAUUUGGAACUACCCUUUUGCAUC